GAAGUUGUUGGAAAUCGAAAUUACUAAAGUCAGUUCACAGUCGGCUUUUGAGUGUGCAUUUAAAAAACAAUACAUUUCGUUAAAGAAAAAUAUUUUUCGUUAGAUUCUUUGCUUAGUUCGCUGUUUUUUUUUUUAUUAAUAUGAGCAUAUUUCUGAAAACAAGUCAAACUUUGAUUGCUUAAACAAAUUAGUUCAAGUGCCGUUUGUAUUAUCUGCGUAUCUGUUGCAUGCGCGCAACUUGUCAACAACUCUCUCAAUAUUUGGAUACUUCGAUUUUUUGUUUUUACUUUAAUAUCUGGUAUGUUCCAAAACUUAUGAUGUUUACUGCGCCAUAACCUAAAAACUCUGAAAAAAAAAAACAAACUACAAGAUUUAACGCACGAUCAUUCUCUAUAGAAACGACAACGUUACUAAAAUGUUUUUGGAAUUGGUGGUACUACUUAUAUCUAUUGUGCUAGCAUAUGAUUACCUAAGCAAGAAACGAGUUAAUGAUGUGCUAUCAUACAUGCCAGGGCCAAGGUCAUUACCACUUGUAGGCAACAUCCUGGCAUACGUUGGUCAAACUCCAGAAGAUAUUUUCAACCUCAUCUCUUCAAACCGCCAGAAAUAUGGUCCUUUAUAUCGAGUAUGGAUUUUCAAUCGUCCAGCAGUUUUUUGUGCCGAUCCCAAAGAUGUCGAAGUGAUUCUAAAUAGUUCCAAGCACAUAACUAAGAACUCGUUGUACGAUAUGCUUGUUGAUUGGCUAGGUUACGGUUUGCUCAUUAGUACCGGCCAAAAAUGGCAUUCAAGGCGAAAGGUUAUAACACCGACAUUUCACUUUAAAAUAUUAGAACAGUUUGUAGAGGUUUUUGAUCAGCAAGGAAAAGAACUUUUAGAAGCAAUUAAUGAUAAAGCUGAUGGCAAAACUGCUUUUGAUAUUUACCCAUUUAUCUGUAGAAUGGCUUUGGAUGUCAUUGCCGAAACGUCAAUGGGUACUAAAGUCUAUGCUCAAAAAAAUCCAAACAUUGGCUAUGUACGAGCAGUUUCAGAUAUAACAGCACUUUUUUCAAAGAGGCUUCUCAAGGCAUGGUAUCGAUUAGAUAUUCCUUUUAAGAUCUUAGAGCCUGGUCUUUACAAAAAACAAACAGAAACCAUCAAGAAAAUGCAUGAUUUUACUGAAAACGUUAUUCAAAAAAGAAGGGCUGCUUUGGAGAAGGAAAUCGUCGAUGGAAAAUUUAUUAAUCAAAUGAAUACGAACGAUGAUAUAGGUAUUAACAAAAAAAUGGCUCUUUUGGACGUGCUUCUGCAGUCUACAAUUGACGGAAAACCUCUUUCCAAUGAAGACAUUCGUGAAGAAGUUGACACAUUUAUGUUUGAAGGACAUGAUACAACUACCAGCGCCAUGUCUUUUACACUGUUUCUCAUAUCACGUCAUCCAGAGGUGCAAAACAAAGCAUUCGAAGAAAUUCGUGAUGUAAUUGGGGAGGAUACCACGAAAUCGAUAACAUUGCAUGACUUGAACAACUUGAAGUAUUUGGAGUGCGUCAUUAAAGAAGGACUUCGGUUAUAUCCACCAGUGCCUCUGAUAGGGAGAAGAUUUCAAGAAGAUACUGAAAUAAAUGGGAAAAAAAUUCCAGCUGGUACUGACUUUACAAUUGGAAUCUAUGUUAUGCUAAGAGAUGGUGAAUAUUUCCCCAAACCCAAUGAUUUUAUUCCGGAAAGACAUUUGGCAGAAAAUACUGCGGAAAAAUCAAACCCGUAUGCCUACAUUCCAUUUAGCGCAGGACCACGUAAUUGCAUAGGACAAAAGUUUGCUAUUUUAGAAAUGAAGAGCACAAUUAGCAAGAUUCUAAGAAACUAUGAACUGUUACCACUAGGAGAACAUGUGAGGCCAAUGAUGAAUUUGGUCACGAGGUCAGUGAACGGAGUGCAAGUUGGACUUAAACCUAGAGUUUAAUUAAAAAAAAUAAUAUAGUAUUAGUAAAUAAUUAAGAGAUAAGUACCUAAUGAUUAAAUGAUACAUUUUUAAUACAAAAAUA